CGGACUGACAACUCAUGGGGCCCCCGGGCAAUAGGGGAUCAUGGGGCCCCUGUGUCCUUGCCCAAACUCAAAAAAGCCUAUGAAAAAGGUACCAGGGGCAUCUCAUGGGGCCCCCUACUGACCCCAGGCCCUCGGGCAGUGCCCGAGUUUCCAAAUGGUCAGUCCACCCCCGGGCAUUUCAAAUUACAGGUGGAAUCGCCGCAAUUAUGCCCACAAUUUGAGCGCGGUGUGCCAAAGUGAAAACACGUGAUUGCGAUUGGAGAUGACAUUCAUUUCAAUGGCACCUGAAACCGC